UUCCGCAAAAUGUAAACAACAUAGUGUUUGGUAAACAAUAACGUAGCCCGCUGAUUUGUAAACUAGCUAACGUUAACUUGAUAAUGUUUUAAUAUUUUUUAUAUUUGAAGAUUAGUAGCUAGCUAUGGCUCAGAAGGUGGGAGGUCGUGAAUAAGUUGAUAUGGGUAGUUAGUAAGCAGGUUGUCUUGGUGAACGAUAUUUUGUCGUGAUAAAUCUGACAGCACUAGCUAACGUCGUUAUCUAGCUAACUAGGUAGUAACGUUAGACGCUAGUCGUUUUCUAGCAAGUUCUUACUAGCUACAGCUGUCAUGUAGCUACUGUGCAACCAAGUUAUCUGAGCAAGCAAGUUAAUAUCACUGAAAUCACUAGAAGGUAAGAUGGAACAAGUUAGCAAGCCGCACACAACUAGAUGGGUAACUUGCUGGUAGCUGUUAAAGGGGCAAUAUGCGAUUCAAACAACAAAGCAGGGACCCCACCAUUGAGAGAUGUUUAAUAGUCAUAUGUACAGGGUUGCAGGUGUGAUUGCAGGGUACUGUGAACAUCUUAGGCUCUGAGCUCCAACAUGCAGGACUAAGUGAAAUAAAACAAUGAAAAUUGUCAUAAAAAACAACAAUAGUAAUAGAAAUAGCAAUAGAUAGCUGACUAGUGGUGGCUAUUCAGCAGCCUGAUGGUCUGAGGGUAGAAACUAUUGGCCAUGAUGCUCCUGUACUGAUCGCGUCUGAGUGAUCGAAGCAGGGAGAACAUGGCGUGGCUACGGGGUCCCUGAUGAUCUUCUUGGCCGUCCUGCAACACCUGGCGUUGAUUUGAUUUACCUGUGAACCCCCCCGCUGUGUGCUCGCUCCAUGGCUGGCCUGGGCCGCGGCAGAGGUCGCGGCAAGGGGUACAUGAGCUUCAGUAUCGAGGCAGUCGGGAUUGGGAAAGGGGAGAACCUGCCCCCUUCAAUUCUCCAGCCUACACCUCUGUUCCCUCCCAUGGAACACAAGCCUGUCCCCUUGGUGAUGGGAGAGGAAGCAGAGUACAUGUUGGCACUGAAGCAGGAGUUCAGGGGAAACAUGAAGACCCUACCAUUUUAUGUCCGCCCAGCCGUCUCCAAGAAAGAUGUGGAGCGGUAUUCUGAUAAAUAUCAGAACAGUGAGCCGUCAGACAACACCCUUGAGUGGAAUCCAGACUGGAAAAGGCUACCAAAAGAGCUUCGAAUCCGUGUCAAGAAGCCCCUAAAAGAGAACACCUCUCUUAGUGUGGAUACACCAGUGGACCCCAAACCCAGCAAAAAGACCCGGGUGGACAAAGAGGAGAUCAUCCAUAAACUAGAGGUGGGAAUAACAUUGGAGAAAAAAGAGGAGGAAGUGACCUCAGAUGAAGAGGAAGGGGAGAAGAAGAAGCAGGAGGAAGAGCAGCAAGAUGGGGAGGAGGAGUAUGAUGAAGAAGAGUUUGAAGAGGAGACAGACUAUAUCAUGUCCUACUUUGACAAUGGAGAGGAGUUCGGAGGGGACAGUGAUGACAACAUGGAUGAGGCCAUUUACUGAUACUUUGAAAAACAACAACAACAGAGCAUUGAGCAUGCCUAGGACCCAAGAGUCCUGGGAAAAUAUGUGACACUCCAGAACUGAGAGAGACUCCAAAGCUGAAAGAAUGUGCUGUUGUUUUUUGGUCCAUCUUGUAUACAUGGCCUGAAAUUAUCUUAAUUUGACACAUGAAUCUUCAAAAUAACCCAGGAUUCAGUCAGUUCCUGACUUAAAAAAGAAUCUCAAAUUGAGAAGCAGGUUGCACAGUUCAAACCUGCAAUAGUUUUAAAUGGCUCUUAAGUGUGGUGGUGUUAUGGAGAGAGAAGUAUGUCAAUCUUCAUAAGCUGACAUCUUUUCUCCUAACACCAAUUAUAGUAUCAUUUCUUAGAGGGUUUUUAUCCAAUUUUAGAAAUGUUAAAGAACUUUAAAGAUAUAAAAUGAAGGUGUUUAAUACACCAAUUUUAAUGUUAUGCUGUUUCAUGUAGUUUAUAUGUAGUUCUAAAAAGUUAUGUUUUGUAAAACUUUUAUAUCCAUGUAAUAUCACAAUGUUCUCUGUUAAGUUUGUUAUGAAAGAGGAUUUUACUUAACUUGAAAUUCUGAAAGAAUAAAUGGCAGCUAAUUUGUAAA